AUGGGAGCAGGUGCUUCUUUGCACGGAGGUCACGGAAGUAUGUCCGGGGAUCACUCCCGAAAGUGCCGCGCGGCAUGCGCGCGCCGCCACCGCCGGGAGCCAUCAUCGUUCGCCCGCCGCUGCGGCGGCCGCAGCAGCAGCGGCAGCACACUAGGCGAGCCACGUCUCCAAGCGGGUCUCCGGCGGGAAGAGCUCCGUCGUCGUCCGCGCGCGCGUGCAUUGCGCCCGACCGCCUCCUGCCCUGCUGCUCCAACCCCGCUCAGCACCCUGCAGCGCGGCUGCUCCCCUCCCCGCGCGCCCGCAGGACGGCCCCGCGCCACCGCACCUGCCCGUCGGUUGGCCGCGCCGGCUGCUGCCGCGCCUCGCAUUGUCUCGCCACCUGCUCCCCUGCCUCGCCUCCCCUGCACACGCGCCUCACACCCGAGGCCAUGGCCACUCCGCUCCCGGGCGCCCGCUUCGCCGCGUACCGCGCUGCUCUGCCCGCUACUAGCAAGCACACCGGCGGCCCCUCGCUCCGCCUCGUCUCCUCGCCCGUGCGCCACCAGGGGUGGAGCCCCUCGCGCCCGGGGCGGCGCCCUGCUGCAGCAGCUUUGCCUGACGGCUUCCUCCCCCAGCGGGCCACCGCGCCGUGGCCGCUGCCUCCUCCCCGCCGCAGCGCUCGCGUCCGCGCCCGCCCCGCCAGCGCCUCCUGCCUACCUCUUGCCGAGCGCUGGAGCGGGCGGCCAGGCUGCUGGCGCUCUACGGCGCGAGCAUCGUGGAGUACACGAGCUAGGCGGACGCGACGACCAUCCCGGGGCACUACGUGGUGUACUGGGAGCUGAGUUCAAGGACAGCCGCGAGGGGCCGUGGUCGGAGGCGGCGGUGUUCGAGCGGUGUUGCCUGGAGAUGGAGGUGGCGCACGGCUUCUACGAUGAGCUGCCCCGUCAGGCUCCGGUGCCGGCCAAUUCGACGGCACUCUGGACGAAGAGAACCUUCAAGCAUGGGCGUCGCUGUUAA